AAACAGAAGUUGUGUUGUUGUCAUGAUGUGCUAUGAUGAUGUGUUGCUAGUGUUGUUUGACAUUUAAACAUGUCGUGUGCAGCUUUGAAUUGUACUAAUCGUUCCUCACCAGGGUCCAGUAUAAGUUUUCAUCGUUUCCCAUUAGGUGACAAAGAUCGGCUGCAGCGGUGGAUGGUGAACAUCAGACGUGACCAUUUCAAGCCAUCUCCAUCUUCUCGCAUAUGUUCCCACCACUUUGAAGACAGCUGUUUCUUCAAGAACAAUAAAGGUCAAGUGUGCCUUAAGAAAACGGCUGUCCCCACCAAAUUUUUCUUCCCUGACUCCUUUAAGAUGGCAUGGUGCACCAAAUUAUAUAGAAGGCGAAGGAAUGUGGAAAAUUAUGAAAAUCAUGAAUUUCAUACAUACAGUCUCAAAAUGGAUCCCAAGAGAAGGUAUGUGGAAGAGGAGGUCAUUUUAGAUGAGUUUGUGAAAGAGGAGGAAGAUGCUUCGGAUCAGGACAUGGCCGAAACCAGUGUGACGCCAGUGAUUUACCCCACUGAAAUAUGUGUCAUUGCAGUUAGACAUGAUCACUGCUACCGUUCUUGGUCUUCAAACAAAGCUUGUAGUUCCAUAGAUGACACCGAAACAACGGCAGAAAUGCAAGAGAACGAAUCUGCAAAGAAGCUGAAGCACAGUUUGAACUUGGUCCUGGGCAAGAUUGCGGCCUGCAGGAAAAAAAUAAAAUUGAAGAACGCCACGAUUCGAAGGCUAAAAAGAAAAGUGACUUCUCUGUCCUCAGUCAUUUCAGAGUUGAAAUCGAAAAAAACCUCAGAGACAAAACAAAAGUAUGCUACCCUUAGGCAAAGCACAUUGUAA